GGCCAGGGUUGUUCACUCAAUUGAGGUUGAGAGCCGGCAGGAUUGACAUUGCACAGCAUAGAGAUGGGGCCAAAAUGGCUGAUAGCAGCAGUGCUGACUUCUGGCUGUCUCUGCAAUGCUGCCAACAUACUCGUCAUUCAACCAACUCCUGCCAGGAGUCACGUGAUCGCAAUGGAGCCAUUCUUCGAAGAACUGGCCUCAAGAGGUCACAAUGUAACAUUGUUAACCUGCUUUCCUCACAAACCUCCGCUACCAAACUUGAGGGAAAUUGAUUUUUCUAACGUAUUACCUCCUCUGAUCAGCGGCUUCAGCUUUGAAAUGAUCAAAGAAGUCAUGCCAAACCCCUUUAAAGCCCCGAUCUUCAUGGCCGAAGUAGAGUUCAACAUUUGUGAAAGUGUUUACCCCGAUCAAAAUCUAAGGAACAUUCUAGAGUCUAAUGAUACGUUUGAUGUAGUGAUAACUGAGAUAUUCUCCACGGACUGUUUUGUACCUUUAGCGCACAGGUUUAAAGCUCCGCUCAUCUCUAUUGUAACCAGCAAUCCUCUUCCUUGGGUCGCAGACCGGGUCGGGCUUCCAGACAAUCCCUCUUACAUACCUAACUACUAUUCAGAAUUUUCUAGUCAAAUGUCAUUUUCUGAAAGGCUCUACAACAGCGUUGUUCUUCUUUACAGUAAAUUCAUUUAUAAAUAUUACUCACUGCCCAGAGUUCAGAGGCUUGUCGACUUUUACUUGGGCCGUUCUAUUCCCCCGAUAGCUGAACUGACCAAAGAAACAUCUUUGGUUUUAGUGAACAGCUAUUUCGCCUUGUCAGAAAGUCGUCCCUUCCCACCAAACGUAGUGGAAGUUGGUGGAAUUCAUUUACGAAAUUCUGGAAAACCCUUACCUAAGAAUCUCAAAGAUAUCCUGGAUCGGUCCACCCAGGGGGUGUUGUUGGUUAGUUUCGGAUCCUUGGUUCGGGUCUCCUCAAUUCCUCCCUCCAUCAUUAAUAUGUUCUUGGAAGCGUUCUCCAAGAUUCCCCAAACAAUUAUCUUCAAAUAUGAAGAGAAUCUUCCGCAAGCGCCUUCAAACGUUGUGGUUCAGAAGUGGCUGCCUCAGCGAGAAGUCAUUGAACACAAGAAUGUCAAGGCCGUACUCACCCACGGAGGACUAGCAAGCAUCAUAGAAUGUGUUCACUUUGGCAAGCCUCUGGUUGGAAUUCCGUUCUUUGCUGACCAAACCCUCAACAUAAAGGCUGUGGCGAAGAAAGGCGCUGGAAUAUUGCUCAAACUUGAGGAUCUCACUGCCACCAAGAUUGAGGCUGCACUUGUUUCUGUACUAAACGGUCCCAGCUACACAGAUAAUGCCAGGAGGUUAUCCCUGCAGUACCGUGAUAGGCCGAUGACCCCGCUACAGUCAGCUGUUUUCUGGACUGAGUAUGUCAUCAGACACCAGGGAGCGCCACACCUCCGACCUGCCUCCGUCCAGCUGGCCUGGUAUCAGCUGUUACUGCUAGAUGUCACUGCUGUGUUGCUGCUGCCGCUAGUCCCUCUGCUCUAUAUCAUAUACUUCCUCUUCUUCCGAGCUGUUGAAGUCAGCCCCAACGACUAUCGGAAUUACGAGAAGAAAAAGUCAGAAUGAAAAGUCUGUCAAUGUGCUAUAGGUGAUCCAACUAAAUUAUGUUUGCUUGGAGCGGACAGAAUUAUUUUGUUGGAGGGGACACGCACCGGACUAUUUUGGAUUGAGCAGUGAGCAUACCUCGAGGGACCAUAAAGGAAAGAAUUUUAAUUUACAGAACUUAAAGUUUAAUACUAUUCACUUAUGACUAAAAAUGUUUUUCAAAUAUCGAUGUUUGUCAAAUUGUUGUAAGUUUACGAAGCGAUAUUUUUUUUGUAUACUAAUUAUUAAUUAUUAUUUACAUUGGAAUUAAUUGGUGCAAAUUUUUUAUAUGCAAUAUGUAAAGUAAGUAAUUUUUACAGACACAAUUCUAUAGUGUUUAUUUAAUUAUGUUUGUUUUUGUCACUUUUAUUGUAGGCUAACAAGAUAUUUUUUUUUCAAAUUUAGUACCGUAGGAUUGACGGGAGCAAAAUGAUGUUUAAACAAAAGAAAAUAAGAAUGAAAAGAAAGUUGAAAGCUAAAGCUUGUGUAUGGCAAGAAAUCUCUAAUUCGAAGUGAUUUGAGUAACCACUCCAAGAACAAAAAGUUCAAAAUUUUGAUAGAAUAUAGGAGUAAAAAGUGCAACUGUGAUACUUGUGUAAAAAUAAAAACUGUUUUAUAAUAAUA